AUGGGAAAAAGUAAAAAAGAAAUUCAAACACAAGAAAAAGUCCAUUCCCCCACAAAUCAUAAAAAAACAUUAUCAGAUGAUUAUAUCGACUCACUUUCACCCAUUGCACGUCCUUUAGCACCUAAAAAGUUAAGAAAAAGGGUAUUCAAGGCCCUUAAAAAAGCAUCUAAAGUAAAACAUAUUCAACGUGGUGUCAAAGAGGUCGUUAAAGCCUUAAAACGAGGCGAGAAAGGCCUGGUUGUACUUGCUGGCGAUAUUUCACCUAUUGAUGUCAUUUCACAUCUUCCGGUACUUUGUGAAGAUUAUUCAUGCCCAUAUGUCUUUGUUCCAUCUAAAGAAUCACUUGGCGAAGCCACUAAUACUCAGCGACCCACCAGCUGCAUCAUGAUUAUUCCAGGUGGCAAGAACAAAGAUAUGAAUACUGCCAAAAAUACAUAUAUGGAAAUAUACGAAGAAAUACUUGAGCAAGUCGAAAACGCUCAUACAUGGGAUUAA